AUGGAGAUACCACCACGAAGGACACUGGUGAGCGACGUCGUCAUUGAAUCCUCAUCCUCCGGCAAAGCGACGACAAGAAGUGUCGUGACGAUUCAGUAUCCUAUGCUGACUGAUACCAACUAUGGCCUGUGGUCUGUGAAGAUGAAGAUUCUGUUGCGCUCGUUAGGAGUGUGGGGGGCGAUCGAGGGCAUCGGAGUGGUCGAAGAAGAAAAGGACCAAGGUGCUUUAGCAGCAAUAUCUCAAGCGGUACCGGACACCGUGAUGAUGGCCAUCGCGGAGAAGGAAACGGCCAAAGAAGCUUGGGAUGCACUCAAGGAGAUGCGAGUCGGAGAAGAUCGCGUUAAGAAAGCUCGAGUGCAAGUGUUGAAGAGACAAUUCGACAGGAUGUACAUGGGGGACUCCGAAACUAUCAUGGAGUUCGCGCAGAAACUCACCACGUUGGUGGGAGAGAUGCGAAUACUUGGAGCUAUGGUGGAAGACAACGAUGUCGUGGAGAAGUUGUUCGCCGCCGUCCCCGACAAAUUCCUCCCGAUCGUCGGCACCAUUGAACAAUGGGGAGAUAUAACAACGAUGCCAGUGACAGAGGCCAUAGGGCGCUUAAGAGCGUUCGAAGAAACUCUGAAGGGACGGAGACAUCAUAAAGAUGAAGGCGGGCAGUUGAUGUUAACACGUGCUAAAUGGGAGGCUUUGUCUGUGAAAGAUAAGAAGGGCUGCGAAGGCUCCGACAGUGGCGUGAAGAAAGGUGGUGGACGCGGCAGUGGCCGUGGUCGCGGCCGAAGUCAGAGCGGUGGGCGCGGUGAUGAUGCCGAGAGGAAGCCACAUCGUAAGUUCGAUAAAACCAAAAUAAAAUGCUUCAACUGUAAUGAGUAUGGUCAUUUUGCCUCUGAAUGCUUAAAGCCAAAGAGAGAAAAAAACUCACCUUGUAGAGAAGAACCAAGCUGA